GUUAUUGACAUUGUGUGUGUGAUGAAAUCGCUCCUCGGCCAUUACAGUAUAUUAUCUACACGUGAAAAAUAAUCGGAAAUCAUCCACAAACAUCGUUUAACUGAAAAGAUUUGUAGAAGUACUAGAAGAACAGAACUUUAAAAAUGCCUUCAGAAACAACAGAAUCAAUUCAGCCCACAGUUGAAGACAUCAAGGAUGAUGGUUCAUCUGGUACAGAAUCAGACAGUGAUGGAUCUGUCCCUGAUCUUGAAGAAGCUGAAGCCACCUCCAAGCUUCAUGAACAGCUGGGCACCGGAGAAGAGCCCGUCAGCAAAGCAAAGCAGAGCAGAGGGGAAAAGAAAGCUCGCAAGGCCAUGUCCAAAUUAGGCCUCAAAGCUCAGGCUGGUGUCCGCCGGGUUACCAUCCGUAAAUCCAAAAACAUCCUCUUCGUCAUACAAAACCCAGAUGUCUUUAAGAGCCCAGCAUCAGAUGUGUACAUCAUCUUUGGAGAAGCGAAGAUUGAAGAUUUGAGCCAACAAGCACAGAUGCAGGCUGUGGAGCAGUUCCGAACUCCAGAGUCCACCCCUGCUGCACCUGGUGAUAGUAAUGCCACCGUUGCACAAGCCAUACAGGAAGAAAGUGAAGAAGAGGAGGUUGACGACAGUGGUGUUGAGUCUAAAGAUAUCGAGCUUGUUGUCAACCAAGCUAACGUUACCCGCUCUAAAGCAAUUAAAGCGCUUAAGAACAACAAUAACGACAUAGUCAAUGCUAUUAUGGAGUUAACAAUGUAGUAGUGCGAUCUCUUCACUUUGUUUGUCGUUUCUUCACAUUGCUGAGCCUGUCACUGGAUGAGUUGUUUCAGUAUUCACCAAAUCUGCAUCAUUCUGUACUGGAGUGUCUAUGUUGGCCCUAACAAAUCUGCAUCAUUCUGUACUGGAGUGUCUACGUUGGGCCUAACAAAUCUGCAUCAUUCUGUACUGGAGUGUCUACGUUGGGCCUAACAAAUCUGCAUCAUUCUGUACCGGAGUGUCUACGUUGGGCCUAACAAAUCUGCAUCAUUCUGCACUGGCAUGUCUACGUUGGCCCAAACAAAUCUGCAUCAUUCUGUACUGGAGUGUCUACGUUGGCCCUAACAAAUCUGCAUCAUUCUGUACUGGAGUGUCUAUGUUGGCCCUAACAAAUCUGCAUCAUUCUGUACUGGAGUGUCUACGUUGGCCCUAACAAAUCUGCAUCAUUCUGCACUGGAGUGUCUACGUUGGCCCUAACAAAUCUGCAUCAUUCUGUACUGGAGUGUCUACGUUGGCCCUAACAAAUCUGCAUCAUUCUGCACUGGAGUGUCUACGUUGGCCCUAACAAAUCUGCAUCAUUCUGUACUGGAGUGUCUACGUUGGCCCUAACAAAUCUGCAUCAUUCUGUACUGGAGUGUCUAUGUUGGCCCUAACAAAUCUGCAUCAUUCUGCACUGGAGUGUCUACGUUGGCCCAAACAAAUCUGCAUCAUUCUGUACUGGAGUGUCUACGUUGGCCCUAACAAAUCUGCAUCAUUCUGUACUGGAGUGUCUAUGUUGGCCCUAACAAAUCUGCAUCAUUCUGUACUGGAGAGUCUACGUUGGCCCUAACAAAUCUGCAUCAUUCUGUACUGGAGUGUCUAUGUUGGCCCUAACAAAUCUGCAUCAUUCUGUACUGGAGAGUCUACGUUGGCCCUAACAAAUCUGCAUCAUUCUGUACUGGAGUGUCUACGUUGGCGUAGGUUAGACUCCCCUGUUGCUUUCAAUGCAAUAGAGUCCCCCGCCAUUGAGAAUAUUUUAACAGCCAUUAUUUGAAAACCCAAAUAGUUAUGGACAUGAAGAAAAUAUGUAUGAAAUUUCACCUUCUUAAAUCAGGUAAAUACAUGAACACAUUAUUUGAUGUUUUGUUUGCAAUGUAGAGAAUCUUUAUAACCACUGGUUAACCAGGGCAUCAGUGCAGUGCAGAGACUGGUGUCCUACCAGGGCUUUGUCUAAGUGCACCUUGUGUAGUCUGCUUGUUAGUAAACUGAUAGACACUAGCACUUCUUUGCUGGCUUAGAAUUACAUUGAGGUGUUUUAUUCUGAUGUACCGGUCUUUGCCUUGAUGUUCCCAAAAUAUUUUCAUGGAAAAAAUGUCUCCUGACUAAUGGCACUUUAAUUAGAAAAAAACGCCACAUGCUAGAUUAGCAAUGCCCUUUGUUCAUGGCAGUGUAGGUGUACUAUUUAUGGUUUUAUCAAGAGGUUAUUUUUCCCAGAACACUACAGCAGGAAAACUUUCAAGUUUAAUUGCAAACAUUGGAACAACAGCAAAUGCCUUGAAUUUUGGGAAAAUAAUUCAUAAACAUUGUAUUUUUACCUUGUCUGGUGAUUUAUCUUAUAGUUACUUUGUUUUUGCAUUGACCAUGUAACCUGUGACAUCAAUGUUUACAAAAGAACCACUGAACAUAGACUCUCUGCAGGCAUUAUUUGGAAGAGAGCUAAUCUUGCAUCUUCUUGUCAGAUCGCAUUGUCCGAGCUCUUGCAGUUUUUGAUAUGAUGAAAGGGGGACAAUUCAAAACGUGCCUAGUUUUUUGCUUCUUUCUAUAACUCUUGAUAUCAUGUUGGUGGAAUUUUGCCUGCCAGAAAGGGCAUGGAAUGUUGAAGGUCACUCUCUUUGAAUCAAAAGUUACAUGGUCUAUGUCUCAACAGCUGAGGCGAAACAGUUUCAUGUUAUUAAUGGACAUUGUCAUAGGUUGGUUUAGAAAGCUAGUUAAUUAAUUAUUGGGACAGCUUCACUUGCCAGACUAAACUCUCCUGCAUCCGUUUUCUGGAAUGAUUUUUUUUUUACAGAAUUCUCUCCCAUCUCUGAAACAUUUGCAAUAAUUUAAGUUACUAUGAUUUGUCGUGCAAACUGAAACAACUGAUCUGAUUUUCUAAUGUUGUACAGUAGUAGUUGAUUUCCUCAAAAUUCAAUAAAUGAAAGGAUUUCAAAGA